CGAGCAUAGAGGCGGAACAGGAAGCAUCCACAGACAUAGAAUUGGCGGACUCUUUAUCUGUUUACGAAGACGUUAACCUUCCUCAAGAGUCGAUAAACAAAGCUAGAGUUAACCUUCUUCAAGAGUUGAUGAACAAAGUCAGAGUUAAGCGUCGUGACACAGGACAACCUCAAAGAGCGAGAAAGAGCAGACGUACAGCCUUCUACAUACAACACGCGCCAUUCAACCACCAAGUGGUCUGAGUCGACAAGCGAGCCAUCACCACAAGACAAGGCGUCCUAUAAAGUGCAGUGGUAAUUGUAUUUACAAAAAUCGGCUACAACAAUGUUUUAAGGUAAUACGUAUUCUGACAGAUUUGGCCGAAUCAAGAUAGGUCAGAUUUUUUUUUACUACACUGUGUUGUUUCUAUUGUGAUUUUCAUAAAAAGAAAUACAAUGGAGCAUGCUAACCUUACGUCAGCAGAGUCGGAUUUCUUAACAAACGUUGAUGAAUUAGAUUUGCAGCCACCUUGUAAAACAGACCAAAGAAGUGAUACACCUGAGCUAGAUUUGUCAAACAUUAACAAUGAUUUACCGUCAACCAAUGCGUCUACAAGCCAAAUACUAGAUUUGCUCAACAUUGUGAACAAUGCCUUGUUGGAGGGGGGAGACACAGACAGUCCUGAUAUUUUGGCCCACUUACAAGUUGUCGUAAACGAGCUAAACAGUCAAAGCCAGAAUGACGGUAGACAAAGUCCUACACUGAUCCCGUCACAAUUGCUAAACAUGAUAGCAGAAUUAAAUAACCAAGCUAACGGUAGCAGCGGGCGUAACAGUCCUGAUAUUCCUGCUCAACUGCUAAACAUGAUCCAAAAUCUAAAUACGCAGCCUCUGAUUGACCCAAUGACCGUUAAGCCUAUCGAUUUAGCGUUGGUUGUUAUUUAUGACAGCACCCCCGUAUUCCAACAUCGUGACAAUGCUUCUGUAAUAACCGGUGACACGCCACCGCCAUUUCACGAGAUAGAUGGUAUUGAUGACAGCGCACCAGCGUUUCAAGACACACCCCACCAAUCUAACAACAGUUCUGUAUUAACUGAUCAGCGCGGCGGUUCUGUUGUAGUUAAUAGACCACAUUUCAAUAAUAUUGAGGUAAGGCGGCAUUUAAAUAUACCAUCACAAACAAACAGCAAUGAUUUUGCAACCUUUUACCUCCAGAUUGAGGAAAAAAUAGAUGACGUCUUGCGAGAGGUUGAUGUGCAAACACAGCCAUGUGACGUGAUUCAAGUCGAGUUAGUGGCUGGAAAUGAUAGGGCUCACGUUUACCAGCAAAAGAGCGACAUAAACAGUAUCAGAGAUAAUGUAUCGGCUCUGCUUGAACGUCUAGCUCAAUCAAAUGUAGAGCUUCUGGCUGAUGAGAAUUUAGAGCUUAUUGUCCAAAUAGUCACCCCAUUAUGUGGCGGAAUGCGUCGUCGACUGGUGAACAGUACCAACAAAGAAAUUUUGAAGCUGAAAAAAACGACACUUACACAUACCUCGUAAUAAGGACAACAAUCUAUGCUUUGCUCUCUCACUAACCUAUCUGCUAAAUGACACGCUAACAUUAAAACAAGCCAGAAGACAAGCACGACUUUUACCGUUUUUUUCCGUGUAUAGUGCGCCCCCAUGUAUAGUACGCACCCCUAACAAUGGCAUGCUGAUGCUGGAAAAAAGCUUGUACCCAUGUAUAAUACGCACCCAAUUUUUAUGAAUUUUUUUAAAAAAAAAUUUUAAAUUUUUUUUUAAAUUUUUUUUUUUUUUUUUUUUUAAGUCCCAAAGAUCGUCACACACGCAGGGAGGCAAUGGGUCCCAUUUUUAAAGUCUUUGGUAUGGUCUUAACUAGGCUGGAUGUCAUUUUUUUUGUUGGCGUUGAUUUCUCCGACUGCCCCUAAACGCACCACCGCGCUCCGUGCGCACACGGCGGCUCUGUAUGGGAGAGACGUUGAAGAGGAAUAAAAACACCCUUGGAAACCAAAACUUGCCCCUCGUCGUGACUCGGAGCCGCAACAAAUGUUUCGGAUUUGUGUAGGGUACAUUGUGACAGACGGCAAACUAGCAGGUGAUCAGGCGAGCGAGCGUCUGAUACAAGAGCAUUGCGGUCGUAUGGAGCGUGUUUGAAAUGAACAGCAGAGAUGAAAGGAACAAGGCAAAGUGUUGUGAAAUAAAAUAUUACCUGUAAUACGCAUUUUGUUAUUUGCUGAUUGAAACUGCUAAUUAAACUGUGAAUUGAAACUAAUAGGUGGAGAACUGAACUCUCGCUCUUUAUAUAGCUGACGUGUCUUGCGCAACCGUUCUGCGCAUCUGUAAUGGCGGCCUCCGUAUGACGUCCGGUCCGCGAUGGAGAUUAAAAAACAAACAAUAUUUGACAAUAACACACCAUCGAGGAUUGCACCAUCGCGUCAAACGAUGUGUCGUCAAUUAUGAAUUUUACUAAGUGUGUUGGGCAGGAUGGUUGAAUGCGAUGCGCGAUUGACAACAAACAAGAAGAAAGGUGAGUUUUAUUUCGGGGGAGAUUUGUCAUGUCUCGUCCCCAGUUUUGCUAUGUGUCUAGGUUGCCAUAGUUUCUGUUCGUGUCACCCCGCUCUUCCUGUGUCACCUCAAUCGAUGUAACGUGUUUUGUAUUUAAGUCCUGUCUGCCCCUCGCUCACCGUUGGAUCAUUGCAUGUGUUACUGUCAUUCUGUUCCUGUCUUUGGUAAUGUCACCCUGUCUUUUUGUUCCACGACUUUGUCGGUCAGUCCUGUUGUUGGUUUUG